CUGCCCCGGCGCCGACCAGCUGGGUGUUGGGGAUUCUGGUUUGCUUGGGGCCCACUCGCUUUUACAAGCUACUGGAUCUUACAUGCCUCCGUGUGCCCCCACUUCCACUCCAUGUCCCCAUGCUCCUGCGCCGGCAACAGGGCCUGUUCUCUGGAUGUCAGCUGAGUUACUAAGGUAACUCUGCAUGUCAGUAGACAGACCUUGGUAGAACCUCAAGGCUCCUGGAGACCCCCAUCUCUCCUCCUUCUCCUUCUUCUUUUUUUUUUUUUUGUGUCAGCGUGUCCUCACCGAACAUUCAAAACUGUUUCUCCAAAGGGUUUUGCAAAAACUCAGACUGUUUUCCAAAGCAGAAGCACUGGCGUCCACAGCAGAAGCAAUGGGCAGCGUGCGAACCAACCGCUACAGCAUUGUCUCUUCGGAGGAAGACGGCAUGAAGCUGGCCACGAUGGCGGUUGCAAACGGCUUUGGGAAUGGGAAGAGUAAGGUCCACACCCGGCAGCAGUGCAGGAGCCGCUUCGUGAAGAAGGACGGCCACUGUAACGUUCAGUUCAUCAACGUGGGCGAGAAGGGACAACGGUACCUCGCAGACAUCUUUACCACGUGCGUGGACAUUCGCUGGCGGUGGAUGCUGGUUAUCUUCUGCCUGGCUUUUGUUCUCUCGUGGCUGUUCUUUGGCUGUGUGUUUUGGUUGAUAGCUCUGCUCCAUGGGGAUCUGGAUGCAGCCAAAGAGAGCAAAGCUUGUGUAUCCGAGGUCAAGAGUUUCACGGCCGCCUUCCUUUUCUCCAUCGAGACCCAGACGACCAUAGGCUAUGGUUUCCGGUGUGUCACGGACGAGUGUCCGGUUGCUGUUUUCAUGGUGGUGUUCCAGUCGAUCGUGGGCUGCAUCAUCGAUGCCUUUAUCAUUGGCGCGGUCAUGGCGAAGAUGGCGAAACCAAAGAAGAGAAACGAGACUCUUGUCUUCAGUCACAAUGCCGUGAUUGCCAUGAGGGACGGCAAGCUGUGUCUGAUGUGGCGCGUGGGCAAUCUUCGGAAAAGCCACUUGGUGGAAGCUCAUGUUCGAGCACAGCUGCUCAAAUCCAGAAUUACUUCGGAAGGGGAGUACAUCCCCCUGGAUCAAAUAGAUAUCAAUGUCGGGUUCGACAGUGGGAUUGACCGUAUUUUUCUGGUGUCCCCAAUCACGAUAGUCCAUGAAAUAGAUGAAGACAGCCCCUUAUAUGAUCUGAGUAAACAAGACAUUGACAACGCAGACUUUGAGAUCGUCGUGAUACUGGAAGGCAUGGUGGAGGCCACCGCCAUGACGACACAGUGUCGCAGCUCAUACCUGGCCAAUGAAAUCCUCUGGGGCCACCGCUAUGAGCCCGUACUCUUUGAAGAGAAGCAUUACUACAAAGUGGACUAUUCGAGGUUCCACAAGACUUACGAAGUACCCAACACUCCCCUUUGUAGUGCUAGAGACUUAGCAGAAAAGAAAUAUAUCCUCUCAAACGCUAAUUCAUUUUGCUAUGAAAAUGAAGUUGCCCUCACGAGCAAAGAGGAAGAUGACAGUGAAAACGGGGUCCCAGAAAGCACGAGUACGGACACCCCCCCCGGCAUGGACCUUCACAACCAGGCCAGUGUACCUCUAGAGCCCAGGCCCUUACGGCGAGAGUCGGAGAUAUGACUGACUGAUUCCUCCUCUGGAAUAUUUACAUCGAAACACAGUCUGUUGGUCAAAGGCCCCAAACAGUUAUUCAGGCGACGGUACCGGUGAAGAGGUGGGUCAAGGCAAGUGGCCACAAGGGACUGAGGCUGGCACUAGGGUUUCAAAGAAAGACUCCGAGCUCGAAGACGAAUGGAAAGCACUAAACAUGCCUCCCCGUGACCCGAUGGCACAUAUAUGUUGUAGAAUAAGUUAUGGGUGGGUUUUUUUUUUUUUUUUUAAUGUUUUGUUUUAUGUUUUUACAAAACUUGAACUUGCAGGCAAGCUUUGGUUGGGUAUUUGACUUAUCCAGAAUGGAACAAGAAUGUUUUUAAUGGCAUAACAAAGGCAAGACUCUGCCUUAAUUUUGAAAAGCUGCUAACUACAUGAACACAAAUUGUAUUUUUGUUGCCGUGUAGUUUUUCUUUCGUGUAAUUUAAAAGUCAGUGUUGAACUUUGUUGAAAGCUCAUGAUAUGCGCUUCAAAGUGGCAAGUAUUUGGCUAUUAGCUGCCAAAACGAGAGCCUGAUUUUUUGAGGCCAGUAAUUUGUUUGCUAGGAAU